AUGAAAACGAUAAAUCAGGUUGCAAACACCCCCAAAAACUCCAGUAGGGAAGCCCGACCCCCCGUGGCAAAGCGGAAUGAGAAGCGUAAGAUGGGCGAGGAUAACAAGAACCCGUAUAACCCAAGUGACGACCAGAUCUCGACGGUCGCGCAAGACAAGGAUAACCAAAGUGCCGGCGAGAAGGUGAUAUCGAUCGACGCAGCCAUCGUUAUCAUUGCGAAAGUCUCCUCCAGCGUAGCGGAAGCAGACCAAGGCAAAGGAGCCGGCACUACAGCCUCCAAUGUUCAGGUCACCGUCGAACUCAUGGUCGGAGUCUUUUGCAAAGCAAAGACUCAAGCUGUGGCGGCCUUGGUCGAAAUCAGCGUCUCCAUGGCGCUGGGUCGGGAGUCUCCCGAAAAGAUUGAAGCGAGCUUGAGGGCCUUCAUAGCAAUUGCCGUCAAGAAAAGGGAUGCGGACAGCACUUCGAACUCCAAGCAGAGCAUUGAGAGCUCCAAGCAGAGUAUUGGGAGCUCCACGCAGAGCAUUGGAAGCUCCACGCAGAGCACCAAGAGCUCCACGCAGAGCUCCGGCCCCGCCCAGACAACUGGUCUCGACGGCAGCGACGGUGUAACCAAUACGAACGUCCCUGCCCCGGAUCCCCACAGCGACAGCUCUAUCUUUGUCAGCAUGGAAGUCCGCCAAGCCGUCUUCGCGAACUGCAAAAAUCAGCUGAGUCAGCAGCUGAUUAUCGCCGGCUUCGAGAUGCGCCUCAAGGGUAUCGACAUCAACGCCGCCAUCUCCAUCAAGGCGGGUGUCUUGGCCAUUGGCUCCGCUAAGCAGGGCGAGUCGGGCAACCCAGACAAAACCGAGGUGGAGAAAUCGAGCCAGUCGGGCAACCCAGCCAAGACCGAGGUGGAGAAAUCGAGCCAGUCAGGCAACCCAGCCAAGACCGAGGUGGAGAAAUCGAGCCAGUCGGGCAUUCCAGGCCAGACUGACAAGUCAGACAAUGGGCUUGACAAUAGUUCCAAGACCGAAAAAACCAUCACAGUUUUCGUCCAAGUUUGCAUUGACAAAAUACUGAAUGCCCGAGACCCCGGCAGCCGCAACGCCCCCAACGUCGGCGGCAAGCCCAAGAAUGUUAUGGCUUCCGAAGACAAACCCGAUAAAAAUGAUAAGUACUCCGAAAACCUGUCCGGUGACGGGGCCACAGGCCUCGAUAGCGGGGAACAGCCUGCGAAUGAAGGGGUCUCCAGCAACAAGGCCGAUGAAAAUGGCGGGGUCUCCAGCCUUGAAUCCACCGAGCUUGUCCUACAAGUUGUCAUUGAAAUGCAGUUGCCCAAAAAGGUCAAGACAGCGGUAGAAGAUGUUAAGGCUGAGAAGACCAAUUCGAUCACAAGUCAGAAUCAGGGUAUCGGCGCCAAUACGAGAACCUCUCUCGCCACCGGGAAGGAGCCUGUCGACCUCUCGUGCAAAUCGUGA